UUCUACCAGCACCUUGUAAGUUACAACCGCAUCACCCUUGACCGACUUUGUCUAUCAUUUUCUAGCCACAAGACAUAAAAUUAGACGAUCUUGAUUAGCUAUAGACUUUGGUUGUGAGAAAUGGCACCAAUCAAGUCCUUAGCAUUAGUUGCAUUUCUUCUUGCAUGUUCUGCUCUUAUAUCUGAGUGCAGGGUGGCGAGGAAAGACUUGGGAGUGGAUCUUGGUGGUGGUAUAGGAGUUGGAGUCGGAGCAGGAAUAGGGUUGGGCAUAGGAGGAGGUAGUGGUGCGGGUUCCGGGGCUGGUUCAGGAUCUGGUUCUGGUUCAGGUUCCCAUUCUAGCUCGAGCUCAUCAUCAAGUUCAUCAGCUUCUUCUUCAGGGUCGGGGUCUGGAUCAAGUGCAGGAUCAGAGGCGGGUUCAUAUGCAGGAUCUAGAGCUGGGUCCGGGUCUGGAUCAAGUGCAGGCUCCGAGGCUGGUUCAUACGCAGGAUCUAGAGCUGGAUCUGCAUCGGGGCAAGGACGUGGUCGUGGUUCAGGAUCUGGUGCUGGGCAUAAUUAAAGACUCUAGCUUUGUUCAAGAUUAUUGAAGUGGAAGUGGCAGAGACUAAAGAUUCUCAUGCAAAGCCUACUAGUAACAGUAAAAUUUGCAGCAAAUAAUUAUCGUCUUGCAUCUAAAUAAAUUAUGAGUAGCACAACCGCUUAUCUACCACCUAUUGUAAAAGUAGAUGUGUGUGUCUUGAACUCUUACUUCAGUUGUAAUCAUUAGUUAUGGAUUGUUUAACAGCUUCUUCUU